GAGGGAAACGUGUUGGAGACAGUUACAGUCGAUGUCGACGGUCAACUUACAAGUCUACUACUUAUUGACAGCGGUGGUCUAGAAGAUCCAGAUUUCGAGGUUAUGGAUUCUGCCGAUGCGUACUUGGUGGUAUAUGCAAUCGAUGACCGAGAAUCCUUCAAAAGUGCUCAGACCAUAAUCUCGGAGAUUUUGGGGAAAUGUAAAAUUGCAAGUGCCAUCGUGCUAGUCGGCAAUAAAGCCGACUUGGCUAGAGCUCGAACUGUUCCAUCAGAUGCCAUCCCUCUAAGGCUGGAAGGCAAACGCAUGAGUAGCCAAAAUCUUUAUAUCGUUCACGAAAUAAGUUUCAUCAUUCUCUUUCUUAUUCGUCGUUGUGAGGAUAGGAUGCAUCAAACAAAUAUAAACAUUAAUAAUGCAGUUGGAUUGGUGGAUUAG